CCCAUCCAAAGGAAGAGUUUAUUUUCAAUAACCUCAGGACUCAAAAGGCAGGAGAACGGGACAAAGAAGAGAUGAACAAGAAGGAGGUGCUGAAGCUAGCGAAGGGGUUUAGAGGGAGGGCGAAGAACUGUAUAAGAAUAGCAAGGGAGAGGGUGGAGAAGGCGCUUCAGUACUCCUAUAGAGACCGCCGCAAUAAGAAGCGCGACAUGCGCUCCCUGUGGAUCCAGCGGAUCAACGCCGGAACCCGCCAGCACGGUGUGAACUAUGGCAAUUUUAUGCAUGGGCUGAUGAAGGAAAAUGUGCAGCUGAACAGGAAGGUUUUAUCUGAGAUCUCUA